GGUACAUAGUUCAGAUAAACGCAGCAAAUCGGUUGGGGAAAAUAGAAAAAUUGUAAAUAAUUACAAAUUAAACUAAGUACUAAUGUUUGUAGUUCAAUGUUAAACGCAAAAGCAAACCAUUGAAAAUGGGAUACGAAAUGUCUGAAUUAUAUUUAAUUAAAUAUAAGUGCACAUAAAAAAAUUUUGCUGUGAAAUAAAUAAUACGUUGAAUAAUCAGCGCCCUUUUUAACAAAGUGGUUUCACAUACCGUUAAUGGCGGCAGUUGUGCAUGGAUGUGGUGGUGGUUCGAAUUCGCGACAGCACCAUGGCGGCAACAUAUCCUGCGCUGGUCUAGCUCAUCGCUCACAGCGUCCACCGCCACCUACUCCAAUGUACGCCACAACCAAUAAAAUACCGAAAUAUUCGCGAUCUAAUGCGUCGAUUGGUAAGCAUCACCAUCUUUAUAGUGCCGGGGUUGGAAGUAUCGAACGGGGUUUGGGUGUGUGUGGUAACGUGAGCACACUCAGUAACACUCUUGGUCUCACCUCUCAUCAAUCCCAGUCUUUUAAUACUUCGUUGCCACCUGUCACCUAUCUGGCCGCGGGGGGUGGUAGUGGAGCUGCUGGUGGAGGUGGAAGCUUACAUCAGCAUUCCUACUCGAGUGGUCAGGGUGCGGCGUCGACCGAUACCUGCCGAAACUAUUGGGGCCAUCCAAGCCUCUAUCGUGGCGGUCGUCAUCACAAUAAACGAAAGUCGGCUGUGGAGCUACUGGCUGAGACAAAGCCAUUUUUUAUAAAGUCGGAUACAGUUAUGGAAAGAUUACACCAAUCCAGCUAUCGCUCGGCUACCAUCGCGAGCGUUGGGAAACGUGGGCGUAGUAGUGUGAAUGGGCGGGAUGAAAUGAGUCGAUACAAACCACCCGGUUAUCCAUCUGAACUAGUGGAUACACACGAUGUGCGCACAGAACAGCGUUUCAGUGUGCCGACUUCAUCCGGUGGAGGUAUGCAUCAAAGUAGCCGCUCUAGCUCGUAUCAGCAUCAUCAUCAUCACCACGAUCAUCGCGCGCACAUAAGUAGCAGUGCCCGUCACAGCGCACCUUCCUCAAGCAGCUUGCUGCAAAGUAAGGUGCGCAUGUUGUUGGCUGGUAGUAGCAGUGUUGAGUCGGCAAGAGAUCGCACAAGUGGCGCCAUUGGGCGGAGCUAUCGGGGAGACCUGCUGCGUAAUAUCGAUUUCACGAAUAAAAGCAGCGGUCGGGCAAGUCUUGGUGGCAAAGAGCUAACUUCUGUGAGUUUCUCCAAUGAUGAUGAUACGGCCAUACGACUGCCACCACCCUUAUUCCUCUCGCCACAAUCAUUUGAUAAUAUCUACAGCUAUGGUGCUGAAAAUAGUAGCGGUGAUGAACCACUUGUGCUGACAGAGAACUAUCGGCCAAUCAGUCCGCCGGCAGAGUACGCAGCUGAGUCUAGCAAAACCGAGGUCCGCUCAAGAUACAAUUACCAACGUUCACACUCACACUCGCAUGAAAUGGCGGCCGAUCCUAAUUCGCAGUACAACAUAAAUAGUCAUAAGUCUUUACCUGACUUGCAUUCGCAAAUAAGUCGUCAUUCACCGCACAGUGAAAUCCUCAGUUGCUGCAGCAGAGGCAAUCGUUCAAUCAAAUCCGCCGGCGAGUCGUCGCUAAAUCGUGACUCAGGUGGUUCGUCGGGCCACUACACUCAUCGCAGUGAACCUUGUUAUCGACAACAACGAGAUAGUAUUGAUCGGGAAAUGUACGCACAAGCUAAUACUAAAAACUGUUGUCUUAACACUAUUCCCACACCCAUGGAGUACCGACGUGACUCUGGUUCCUCAACACAGCAUAGUGCUAACUCAAAUGGCGCCGGAGUCGGCUAUGUCUCACCUUCAUUUUUGCGCUCUGGAAUUGGCGAUUGCACUGAAUGUCGCUGCAAGAAUGGUGUACGUUUCGAAGCAGACGAUUACUUGUUCAAUUUUCCGACACCUGAAGUGCCGGAAGCCUUUCAAGAUGACUACACGCCACCUUCACCCUCAGUGCCGCAUUACGAAAUGGAUGAGUCACGUUUAUCGAAUAUUCCGAGUUUUCAAAAUCUUCAACUUCAUCAACAACAGCAAUCACAAAGUCGUGAGCAGGACCAGCAGCAGCUCUUUAGUACUUCUGUUUACAGUAGUGGUAGUGUAAAAUCACCUAAAAGCCCCGCAACUCAAAGUCCUGGCUCAGCUCCUUCAAUUGAAGACAUUAGUCCACCGCCAAUACAGUUCAAGAGACAACGUUGCAUUCGCUUUAAAAGCCGAAAUCGUAUUUCACUGCCAAAUGCCCCUUCGCUACCGAAUAGCAUUGCGGCACAAAGUUUGGAACGCGUGGAGCCCUACCACGGCGACAUGGAUCAGCAUGCGUACUUCUUUCCAAAGGGUUUUUCCACGGAUACAUACACAUCUCCCGGAAAAAUUUAUGUAGAUCCCCUAUCCCACUCGACGACCUCCCUAUCGGUCGAACAGAACGACAGUCAAUCAAAUGAACGCGAACCGGUUAUGCUGGACAUAUCGGGAGCAAAUGGUAAUGGUUUUGUAGAGCUUGAAAAGUUUUUUGAUCGCCUUGGCUUAAACGAUGAGAAAUUCCAUGAGAUAUAUAGUGUACCCAGGCGGCGUAAGAGCGCCGAUACAGACUCUGAAGGAUCAAGUACAGUUUUCUUCUCUGAUGUGAGUACUGUGGACUCGAUGCGGCUUCCGGAUAGCACAGAAACACAGCCACAAACAACACAACCAUAUCGACCCUCUGAGCCACCAUCUAUUGUUGAGCGUAAUGCUCGCAUCAUAAAAUGGCUAUGCAAUUGCCGGAAGUUGCAAUAUGUUUAGAAUAGAUAUCUAAAAACAUACAUACAUAUGUACGUGUAUACAUUAAUAUUUUAUUGUGUACAUAUGUAUGUAUGCA